AUGGACACUAGGAGAUACUCGCACCGACCUAAGGCUCUAGCUCUCACGAGCUGUGCUGUUGCAGUAGAGGAAGCGAUCGCCAGUGAGCAUUUCCGCGUUGCAGACUGGUGUUUUCAACACUUUCCAGCCCGUUGCCCCGGCUCAGUGACCAGCAUUACCGCUCUGUAUCCGUUCGAGUCACUGCUAUUUCUGCGUGAGCACUUCCCGAUCAUGUUCACGGAGGCUUUCGUGGCGGCAAUGCGCGAGGAAGCGAGGUCCAAGGCUUCGCCGACGUUUGGUGUCCUUGCCAAGUGGUUAGCCUCCAUGGUGUAG